ACACUUCCCCCCUCCCCCUCCCCACCCGCGAGCCCGAGCUGGCGAUAAAUAGAGGAGACGUAAAAGUCACUUGUGUUGGUGAAUUUUAAGUCAUUCCCUGGAAAUACUUGGUGAAUUCAAGGCUUAAAGUGUUGAAUUGAGAGUGCACAUCUCGAGGAAAGUCUUUUACUUAGGCAUCCUUGUGUUUGCUCGUGCCAGCGGACGGAUAAGUGAUGACGGACUUAACCUCUGGAUACGUCAGGCACGUCGCAAUGUUGACAAAGUUGUUGAUUGGAAUAUAUUUACUCUCUGUUGUGAAUGGAAAGUCAGUUUCGCUGCCUCAAACAGCUUCAGAGUCGACAGUUGUGGAGAAAAUUAUUAAGGAACGAUGCAAGUUUUCCAGCUCAGCAGGGUCGUUAACGUUCCCUCCUGCUAACCUUCAAAUUCCUGAUAAAUGCUCUAAGCUGUCACUGUCGUCGCAGCAAGCUCCCGACGACCUAAGUAGCAACAUUGAUUAUUUCCUCUGUGUUGCUCUGUUGGACUCGACAGAGCGAUUGUGCCAUAUCACAAAGGGAAAUCUUGACUUUGCGAAACGUGUUUCUGAGGCUCUGACUGAUUCACUUCAAUCAAUGAUGACUGACGAUGGUGAUGAUACAUUUUGUAAAGAAAUGAAUAUAAUUGAUCCCGAUGCUAAGUAUCCACCUGCCAAAGUUUUGUAUGACAGAAUUAGACAGAAACAGAGUUACUGUGCUGCAAUUUGUGUGGGAAUGGGGGAUAAAGAAACCGCUCAGAGAGAACCAAUCUGUAAAUCCAUACAGUUUGCUCAUCAGCAAAUUCAUGCUGCGAUAGAACUUCAAACAAACUUUAACAACCAAGGCGGCCUGAUUAAAGAAAGAGAAGAAAAUCCUGUUGAUACCAAAGCUGUGAGAACACCCGGGAGUAAUCUGAAACAGCCAGUGCUUGACGAGUCACAGGCACCAGUUGUUUCUCAGACCAGUCAGAGAGCCAAUGCUCAAGGCACCCCAGAUGAAUCUCGUAUGGCUUCAAAUACAGAUGCAGGAUCCAACUCAAAGCCAUCUGAAGUCCAAUCUUCCAUAAGGAAUCUGCCCGCCAACCCAGUUGCGCUUCAUGCUGUGGAAGCUGCACAAGCUGUACAGCCUGUGCAAGCUGUGCAAGCUGUAGAUCCAGAUCCCAAGUUAUCUGCUACUAGUCCCUCCAAAAAUGAUAACAUCAAAGUUACAGACAAAAAGGUACCUGUCUUGCCAGCAGAGACAAAUGAGAACAUACCUGCUUUGCCUGCUGAGACAAAUGAAAAUGAAAAGGCAAGUGGUAGCUUGGCAGCAGACAAGACAGAGCUGGAUAGCCCUAACCUGGCCCAGAAAUCAGAAGAACACACAGAAGACUUGAAGGUGGAUGGUAAUCAGAACAGGAAUGAUCCAGCAGAGGCAGAUGAGAUUCCACCUCAGACAGAGGACAAUGAUGGGCAAGAUGAUCUCUUGAAACAAGAACCAUUUGACGGAGAAGAUGAUGAAUCUAUGCUUGGUAAUGGAGCUCUUGAAGCCAACAGAGAUGCAGCUGAGAAACCUCCACCUAUUGAGAAGAAAGUACCAAGUGCUCCCUUACUAUCAUCUCAACAAAAAACGCCCCAGGCAUCAAUGAUGGGAAAUUUUGAAGAAGCUGAGGACUCUCAUUUCUUCGCCUACUUCAUGUCCUUAUCAGGAUUGUGUAUCCUUUCGUACCUUGUGUACCAUAAUAAACGAAAGAUCAUUGCAAUGGCUGUUGAAGGUAAAAAAAGUAGAAAUACUGGCAGGCGCCGCCCCAACUCUGCGAGUUACCAUAAGCUCGACAGUAAUUUAGAAGAAGCAAUGUCAUCAAACUUAGCAUCAACCAAUUCAUAUGUCAUAUAUUAAUUUAUUGUUUGAAUCAAACUGUGAUUUUCAUUUUUCCUUAGAACUAAAUUAUAUUUACCAAGGAAAAAACAAGAAAAAAGAAACCAUGUAAUUUAUAGUCAUUAUUAAGUUAUAAUGUGUGGACUUGUAGUGCCUCUUUGAAUAAUCUCUCUGCCUGUGAUGAGAAUGUUAACAAAUUUCAGUUUUUUUUAACAUCUGCACUGUUCUGUUACAGAAUGCAUCUAAUUGUAGCCAAGUUUGGAACAGUUUUCUACAUUUUAUGAUGUGUACAGUUAACUGCUUCUCUUCUUGCUACAAUGUUUUGUGAUAAUUAUAAACUUGAUAAAAUAUGUUUGGAAAAGAAUCAAAAACUUAGGUGGUACCAUACAUUGCUAUAAAAUUCUUCUCGGAAGUCAUCCUGUAGUUUUGCUUUGAGCUUGUUUUCUAUUACAGUCAGUAGCAAAUAUGUGGAAGGGUGCUAAGUUCUAUGGGCCUUCACUUAAGCGAAUAAAUGCAUUUUGUUUGAUGUGUGUAAGGAAAAUCAUAGUUCAAAACUAUGUAUAUCAUUCAUGUACAAUUUGACUGAUAGCGCAUACAUUUCUUACAACAAAAAUGGUAUUGUUAUAUCUGCUUUAAAAGACUGAUAAAUAAUUUACUUGGGACAUGGGGAUCAAAUUAGCUGGCCACUGAUACUUGAUAAGUGGUCUGCAACUUAAAUUUGCUGUUGAUCAUAUUUAAAAAAUACUUGCAGUUUUGUACCAUGUAAAUGCAAUUGUAUAAAGUAGACUUAGUUUUUUUUCUUAUCUUUUCUAACUGCAUUUCAAGGAGCUUGCCAGUUACUCUCUAAAGAAUCAUGUUAUUUUUGUGUUGUUUUCUUUGAGGGAGAUCUGUACACUUUUGUGGAAGCUUUGAAUUUAGUAAACUUAAUUAAUCUGGAAAAUAAGUUGUCUAAUGCCAGUAAACUUCUUCCCUCGGCCAUUUUGGAUUCUGUAAUUGAAUGUGCCCUUCCCCCUGCCCGCAAAUUAUUGUGAACUAUACUGUGUUUUUAUUCUUAUUUUAAUUUUGGAACUAAUGUAAAUGAGUUUGUUUUGCAUUUAAGAUGCAGUGGAAACCACUUUUACUAGUAGAGCCUGGGUCUAGUCGAUAAUCUGUAAAAUUUAUUGCAGAUUUUUUUAAAGGAAUGGUCUUUGGUGAGUGGCCAAAAAAACACAGCAUUCGCUAAAAGGGGCUUCCACUGUACCAUAUGUUGUGUAGCAAUGCAGAGCUGCUUCGGUGCUGAACAAGAAUUUCUUGUGAUUCUUUUUCUCAGAAUUUACUCAUUAGUAGUAUGAUUUUAAAAUAUUGUUAUGGAUUGUAUCAAGGAAAGAUUCUUUUUCUUUCCUCAUGAGGCAAUUUGUCCAAGAGCAAUUAACUGCAAAAUUUUUGCUAAAUGUCUCUAAAAUGGAGAGAGAGAAAAGAAAAAUGUUAGGGAAUUCUGUGAUUUUAUUGUACAAAUGCCUCACUUAAAUCAAAUGUUUCAUUUAUAUCAGAGGUUCUUUAUUUGCAAUUCUUUGUAGAUCUUUGUGUAAUUGGUAGUCUGUACUUAGUUGCUAAUCUAGUAUUGGAAACACCUUUUGCAGCACUUAAUGGUCAUUAAACUAUUGUUGUAUGCAGCACUUUC